AAAAACAAUGAAAAUAAAACCCUUGCCCAUACAAAGAAAAUGAAAUAAAUAAAAUAUUGACUUGGAAAGUUUAUUCAAACCAGCCUUCCUUAAGCUUGUGUUAAUCUGAAUCGGAUUGCUAUUCAUAUUUCACCAACCACACAUAAAGCUAAAGCCCCACCAACCCAAACACAGGGAUAUUGUUAUGUUUUGGUAGUUGAGGUCUGCAUAAUCGGAAAAGUGUUUGGUGCAUGGCUUAAUUUUAAUUAACAAAAAUGGAUUCAUUUCUCUACUCACAAUAUAUAGAUAUAUAUUUAUCUAAUAUUUAUUAAAAUUUGUGUCGAACAAAUUAAUCAUGCUCUUCCAAAACGGAGGAAAUAUUUCUUUUUGAUAGAUUAACAUAUAUUUUUAAGACGACUUAAUAAUAAAUGAUUAUUUUUAAUAUAUUUAAUCUUAAAUUUAAAUCUUAUUAAUAUCUAUAUUAGUGCUAAUGCUACUCUAUGACCCAUAUUGACCAACUAUGUAUCGUAUUUUAUAUAUAAUCAUUUUUUAUCUUAAAAUACGAAAUACUCCAAAUCUUUUAGUUUAAUGAUUUAUUCACCCUCCCUUCGCACAUUUCUCUUCUUAAUAUCAUUCAUUUAUUCCUUCAUUUUCAGUGAGCAGGAAACGCAAAUUUGUGUCAAAUUUAUAAAAUCUUAUUAUUCGAUUCCGUUUCUCAAUUAUAAGAUUACACAAUUGCUUGAAUCUAAAAACAAGAUUAAAACAAAAUGAAAAGUAAGAUUGCUUUGGUAAAGUUAUUAAGUAUCUUUUUCGACUAAAUAUAAAAGAGAAAAAAAAACAGUUUGCACAAUUGAAAUAAUAUUUUUUAUCAUUAAACACAACUAUUUAUGGGUUUUAGUCCCAACUAAUAACACAGCCAAAAUAUUUAAGAAAAUAAAGCCCAAAAUGGCACCAACAAAUUCACCACCAAACCCCAUUUGAAAGCACAGCAGUCUCGACGAGUGAACGACAACAAACCACUCAGCUUAUCCAUCAUCGCCAUCUUCUUCUUCUUCUUCUUCUGCUUCUUCUCCAAUUUCUUCAAUCCUUGAAAAUGGAUUCGAGAAUCAGCAACGACAGCUCAGAAACGGCGGAAGAAUCCCAAACAGAGCAAACGCAGAGCCAAAAUCUUCUCCCCCUUGCUUCCGCAGCUUCAAUCUCCCUCUCUCUCUCCACUCUCCUCCCCUCCCAUUUCCUCCCUCCUAAACAAAUAACCGCCUCGCCCACCAAAGUCCGAAUCCCGUCUCAAAUCUCCUCCCUCUCCAACCUCUCUCUCUCCUCCUCCCUCUCCCCUGCAAAACCCCUCUUCAAAUCCACCGUUUCCGCCAACCCUCUGCAGAACACCCUCACUCUCAACCCGCUCCGCCCCUCGAACCCCUCCGGCGUCGGCGCCCUCCGCCGCGCCGCCGUCGUGUGGUUCCGGAACGACCUCCGCAUCCACGACAACGAGUGCCUCACCGCGGCCAACAACGAUUCGAUUUCGGUUUUGCCGGUUUACUGCUUUGACCCUAGGGAUUACGGCAAAUCGUCGUCUGGUUUCGACAAAACGGGGCCGUAUCGAGCCACAUUUCUGACGGAAUCCGUUGCUGAUUUGCGGAAGAAUUUGCAGGCGCGUGGGUCGGAUCUCGUGGUGAGGAUUGGGCGGCCGGAGAGCGUGUUGCUGGAGGUGGUGAAGGCGGUGGGGGCGGAUGCAGUGUAUGUGCAUAGGGAGGUUUCGCAUGACGAAGUUCGGGCGGAGGAGAAGGUGGAGGAGGUGAUGAAGGAUGAGGGAGUGGAGGUGAAGUACUUCUGGGGAAGCACAUUGUACCACAUGGAUGAUUUGCCGUUUAAGCUGGAGGAAAUGCCGACGAAUUAUGGUGGUUUCAAGGAGAAGGUGAGGGGUUUGGAUGUCAGGAACACGGUCGAGGCGUUGGAUAGGUUGAAGGGGCUGCCUAAGAGAGGAGAUGUGGAGCCUGGGGAGAUUCCUACAUUGCUCGAUUUGGGGCUUAAUCCGAAUGCUGCAACGGGGCAGAAUGGAAAAACGGCUGCUAAUGCUUCUCUUUUGGGCGGGGAGACUGAGGCCUUGCAGAGGCUCAAAACUUUUGCUGCCGAAUGUCAUGCAAAGCCUAAUAAUAAAUCUAAGGAUGGAACCAAUGAUAGCAUAUACGGUGCAAACUUCUCAUGCAAAAUAUCUCCCUGGCUAGCCAUGGGAUGCCUUUCUCCUCGCUCCAUGUUUGAGGAACUCAAGAAAUCUGCUUCAAGCAUAAUCUCUGCUGCUUCUAACAAGCCAAAUGGUGGAACCGGCACAGCUGAUACUGGAAUGAACUGGUUAAUGUACGAGCUUUUGUGGAGGGAUUUUUUCAGAUUCAUCACCAGGAAAUACAGUUCUGCGAAGCAGCCUAGCUAUACACCAGCAACGGCUUGCACAGGUACAGCUGCAUGAGCAGGAAUUAGUCGAAAAGUAAAAAUUGGCCAAGAUUCUCUAUGUAAGGGGGGAAUGAUCCCUUUUGUAUCGUUAUCAUUUUUCUUUAUCUGUUAGUUUUAACUGCUGUAAUGGUGUCAUAAGAACAAGUGUCCAAGGACAGCAUUUUCACUUGAAAAAAAUGAGCGACGAGGGCGAUUGUAUGUGUACUACAAUAGAGUUGGUUGGUUCUGGGUCGGGGGAUUCUUUUAGCCUAUUUUUCAUUCACCAAGAGCAGUAGAUGGAACAUGGUUUAUUUUGUCAUACCCUUCUAAAAUAUUCAAGGAACUUGCUUGAUCAUC